AAAAUCACAAGCAUUUUACGUUCGUCGUGGUCCUAUGUACUGUAACACGUUCCAGCUUUCGUCCAAACUCACAGAAACGUCAACAUUUGUAUUUCGUUACGUAAAUGGCUAAUUACAACACUCAUAUUUAACCAGAAUAUUUCCUACAUUCGAUACAGAUUUAUAUUCGCAAAAUAAUGGCAAACAAGGACAGAAACAAAACGAUUUUGCUGGAAUUGGGGAAACUGCCAGAAAACAACCAAUGCGCAGACUGUAGCGCGCCGGAUCCUGACUGGGCGUCCUAUAAGCUGGGUGUAUUUGUGUGUCUGAACUGCUCUGGAGUGCACCGCAACCUGUCCAACAUCAGCCGCGUUAAAUCCAUACGGCUCGACUUCUGGGAUGACGAGCUAGUGAAGUUCAUGAAAACCAAUGGAAAUGCCACAGGCAGAGCCAUCUAUGAGAAAGCAGUCCCAGCAUUCUACUACCGGCCCCAGCAAGAAGACUGUGCCGUCUUAAGGGAGCAGUGGAUAAGAGCAAAAUAUGAGAGGAUGGAAUUUACCGGCGAGACAAAGUAUCCCCCACUGGCCUACACGACAGGUUUCUAUGAAGGGAUGCUGUGGAAGAAGGGGAAGGAGAAGGGACAGUUUCAGAGAAGGAAGUUUGUUCUGUCUGAGAAGGAAUUCACCCUGGUUUACUACAACAAGGAGGAUCCGUCCAAAGGGCCCAAAGCGCUCAUCUCCAUCAAAGACGUGAAUGUGACCUUUCAACCUGAGAAAAUUGGUCACGCCCAUGGUCUGCAGAUUACCUACCAGAAAGACAGCCACACCAGAAGUAUUUUUGUCUACCACGAAAGUGGAGAGGAGAUUGUCAACUGGUUCAAUGCCAUUCGAGCUGCUCGCUUUGCCUACCUGAAAACAGCAUACCCCACAGGAAGUGAUAAAGAAUUGAGGACUAGAAUUACCAGAAACUACCUCAAAGAAGGAUACAUGGAGAAGACAGGUCCUAUGCAAAAGGAGACGUUCAAAAAGAGAUGGUUCAUCUUGGACUCCCAAGACAGGAAGCUCCUUUACUUCAAAAGCCAGCUGGAUGCUGAGGAGCUGGGAGUUGUGUUCAUCGGCACAGAGACCAAUGGUUACUCAGUGAGUGAGUGCAUUCCCAAAAGGACCAGAGGCAACCGGUGGAGGUGUGGAGUCACAGUGGACACGCCGGACCGCCAGUUUGUCUUCAUGUGUGAGCAGGAGAGGGAGCAGAGAGAGUGGGUGGAGGCCCUCAGAGAGGUCAUCUCUAAACCCAUGCAGCCCCAGGACUACACCACUGAAGCCAACAUCCGAGGGAAGAGUUGACUUUAGAGAGAGAGCUGAGGGAAGAGUUGACUUUUGAGAGAGAGCUGACUUUCGAGAGAGGGAUUCCACCAACAUUGGCUGCAAAACCCACUCUGAAGACUCAUCUACACUGAACAAAUAUAUAAACACAACAUGCAACAAUUUCAAAGAUUUUACUGAGUUACAGUUUAAAUAAGGAAAUCAGUCUGUUGAAAUAAAUUAAUUCAGAACUAAUCUAUGGAUUUCACAACUGGGAAUGCAAAUAUGCAUCUAUUGGUCACAGAUACAGAAAACCAGUUAGUAUCUGGUGUGACCACCAUAUGCCACAUGCAGCGUGACACAUCCUCUUCGCAAGUUGAUCAGGCUGUUGAUUGUGGCAUGUGGAAUGUUGUCCCACUGCUGUUCAAUAGUUACUGGAUACUGGCGGGAACUGGAACACGCUGUCGAUCCAGAGCAAUCCCAAACAUGCUCAAUUAGUGACAUGGUUGGUGAGUAUGCAAGCCAUGGAAGAACUGAUUUUUUUGGAUUCCAGGAAUUGUGUACAGAUCCUUGCGACAUGAGGCCGUCCAUAAUCAGGCUGAAACUUAAGGUGAUGGCGGCUGAUGAAUGGCACGACAAUGGUCACGACAGGAUCUCGUCACGGAGUCUCUAUGGAGUCAAAUUGCCAUCAAUAAAAUGCAAUUGUGUUCAUUUUCCGUAGCUUUAUGCCUUCCCAAAUCAUAACCCCACCGCCAUGAUGGGGCACUCUAUUCACAACGUUGAGCUUCCCUGAGACCGUUUCUGGCAAGUUUGUGCCGAAAUUCUUCAGUUUUGCAAACCCACAGUUUCAUCAGCUAUCUGGGUGGAUGGUCUCAGAUGAUCCCCCAGAUGAAGAAGCCGGAUGUGGUGGUCCUAAAAUUUUAGAGAAAUACAUUUUUUGGUGCAUCUGGAACAUUUCUGGGAUCUUUUAUUUCAGCUCAUGCAACAUGGGACCAACACUUUACAUGUUGUGUUUCUAUUUUUGUUCAGUAUAUAAGAAAACUUCCAGUAUCACUGCAUUGAAUGUAUCCCCCUUAGUGACAGCAGGCCUCUAAAUAUAUUACUUCUUGGAGGACAAUGUCUAGGACUGUGGGUUGUUUAUUUACAAUGCAGAUACAUGGUUCUACUGGAAUUAUUGAAAAAUGAAUUGGGGCAGUACUGUCUCACCACAAAUGAUGGACAAACUAGAUGCCUUGCUCGGCAUGGAAGGUAAAAUUGUUAUUCUCAAACCUUACCUAUUAAAAUGGCAGAGUUGUGUGUGUGAAACCAGGUCAAUUCUGUUGCUAUGAGAAAGGAAGUGAGUGUGCGUACAUGUUAUAAAAUUAAUAUCAACUGGAAUAAUAUCUAAUACCAACUGUGAUUACUAAUAAAAACUGUGAUAAUAUAACAACUAA